CUGCGAAAUGGCAUCAUCGCUGUUGCCACAUUCUUUGGAAUAACUUGCGUGUGACUACACAGAUUUUACAGGUUAGCGACUCAAAUUUACAGCAGUCUUUAUAACAAUCUGUCCAAGUCUGAUCAGCUGAAAAGAUGUCCAGAGCAAAUAUCUGUGAUAAUGAGGAAUACACGAGUGCCGCUGGAAUUUUAGAAAAAUGCAGUGUUGCAUGUAUCAAUCUCAUAAGCGGCGGUGACAAAGACAGCCCUCGCAAUUCAAACUGCAAGAAAUUUUGUGGAGGUUGCUACGCAUACUACUCCACCAAGGCGGACACUGAAACAACUGCUCCACCUGCUUUUACAUCCCCAUCUACAGCAGUAACCAACCCAACUACAGCAGUCGACACAACUACUGCACUAUUUCCUCCAUGUGAUAAAACCACACUUACAGUGAUGAUAUCAGUUCUGAUUCCUAUAAUUAUUAUAAUGGCCAUUGCUUUCAUUGUCAUCUUCGGUCUGAUAGUAGCUAGCCGGAAAUACAAUGAGCGCGUUCAGAACUUUUGGAAGACGUUGUUAGGUAUUAAACAACCACACCCUCAAAUGGUUAUACACAAAUACCUUUAAAAGAAAAAAAAGAUGAUGGAGAAGAAGCCACUCCUCUUAUCGAUCGCGGUCAAGAACGAGAACAGGACCGUGAUGUGCCUGAAGAGCAGGGCGCACAACAGAGUCAGAGUGAAGCCUCGGAGAGAGGAGUGCCCGAUUCCGGUAAGGUGACUAAAAUCAAGGCUCCAAAUGGAGGCGCUGGUGUCAGUGGGGAGGACACAGACUGCACAGAUAGUUAUAUCACUCAAAUACAUACAAAGUGUACAACCUGGGUCAAAACUUAUAAAAAAUAGGCCAAAGUCAGCCUCGUUCUGGAUUGACCUAGUUUGUGUACUAUCUAGUGCAUUCCAGUUUCAAUGCACUAUGAUCUCAGAUAGUGCUUUGAUAGCUGGGGUCAUUAUUUGAAAUGACUCUGACACAGCCCAAAUCUAUAAACAUACUUAAUAUUGUUAGAUACAUACCACACUACAAUCCUAAUGCAACAUGUAUUCCAUUUAAGCACUUUUGAGAGCAUAAAAUGCAUUUCAUUGUGAGUACUGUCCAACACACACCCCACCCCCAACUUCUAAUUGGGAUAGAAAAAGUUUCUAUGUCUAAAACAAGAGACCAUUGAUGGGAGACCUUUGAUUGACAUCUUGGCUGUGGAAUUCAACCACUUUUCUCAAUGAAUAUGCACACCCCUUGAUGUAUGAGGCUUAUGAAUGGCUGGAGUCCACCCAGCACAGCCCCCUCCCCCUCAACUAAACUGUCAAUAACAUUCUUGGUGGUCAACUUGUGUAUAGUAUCAUGAUACAGCCUGGUACAGGGACCUUUCUGCUUGAUUAAUUACACACAUUUGGGUUAAUUUGUUUAUACACUUGUCUGCUAUAAUCUCUCAAACUCAGCAGGCUGCUUGUUUGCAAGGCGGCAUAUUCCUUUGAUCUUGUAAUAGGGAUAGAUUUUGUUUCUGAUACUUCAAGUGCAGAAGGUCAAUUCCAUGGUGUUGACCAUGUCUUACUGUAGUGAAUGAGUACAAUUUACACCCUUUCUGGUCAUCAACGAAGUGGCUAUCACAUUUUUGAUGUUGCUUGUCCAGCUCAUUAUCAGCCGCUCAUUAGCAUAUUGACCACAGUAACCAUGAUGAAACACGUGGUGGUGAAGAUCAAGUGCUUCCUGCCUUGUCAAUUUUGUUACAUCUUUCCUGGUUCCAGUUCUUCUGAACAGGUUAAACGUAUUUUGUUGUUCCUUUGGUGGAUUAUAUUCUUACUUCUUUUGGAUUAUCAAUGUUUCACCUUUGUAGGCCUAUAUUCAUUCAGUGACCCUUACUUUGAUUUAUAUUUUUCGACCAAAAAAGGAAUAUGGAAUGAAAUAAUUGUUUGGAUAUUUGGAUAUUCUUGAUUCAAUGGAUUAGGGAUGUUGAGAGGGUGAUUUUAUUUAUUGUACUGCAAUAGUGAAUUCAAUGCACAUUUCAGAUGGACAAACUCCACUUUCCAUGCAUGGCACUAUUAUUGUUUACAUUCCUAAUAUAGGUAAACUAGGACAUAUUAUGCAUGAAUCUAUGUCAGUGGGCGGCCAAGUUUAUGCUAACCAGGUAUACUAAACCGAGGCUAUAAUCUGCCAGCAACUGGGUCACUUUGGAUAUCAGUUACACUUUGGCUACCCAGAGCACUCACUGACAUGAAAUAGUGGUCCCAUUGAAUGACUUGUGAUGUUGAAACAUAUCUUUCACAGAAUGUCGAAAUGACGUUAGAAGUCAUGCUUGUCAGCUGGAACAAAGAAGAUUAAAAGGUACAAUUUCUAAGGAAGAAGAGAGAGGCAUAACAUGCUUUGGUAGGAGAUAUCUUGUAGGUUUAUCAAUUUUGCACACCUGAAAAUGUUCGAAAUUUGACUCCAGUUAUGAAAUAUAAGCGCAUGAUUUUUUUGUAAAUCAAAUUGGGCUCAUACCUCCGAGACUUCAUACAAUUAUCAAUAUAAAGUAUGUAAAUAAUGGCUCUGGCAAAAUCGGCAGGAUGCCAAUUCUGCCCCCCUCCAUCGUCAGCAUGGAGAUCUGAUUAGUCGGGAUAAAUCAGCCAAAUCAGGUCAGAAAUGAAAUCCCUCUACUAAAUGGCCAUAUGCGUCCAAGUACAUUUGCCCUUCAGUACGGGUUAAGAAGAGAAGAGGCUUUUUUCAUGAUAUAAAACUUUCGUCCACACCUCAGAGCUAAUAUGAGUCACGGAUAUUGCCCGAUGGGGUUUGUUCGAACUAAAGUAGUUCCAAUUCCAAAAAACAGUAGAAAGUCUUUGAAUACGUCCGAUAAUUAUAGAGGUAUUUCGCUAAGUAGCGUUAUUGGCAAAAUAAUGGAUAAUAUAUUCCUAAAAAAGUACGAGAAUGAGCUAAGUACAUCUGAUGCCCAGUUUGGGUUCAAGGCAGGUCUCUCCACAGCUACGUGUAGCACGGCUAUAAAUGAAGUAAUUAAUUAUUAUAACGGUUGCAACACCGCAGUGUAUUGCGUAAUGCUUGAUGCAAGCAAAGCAUUUGAUUGUGUUCAUUUUGUGAAGCUAUUUCGAAUUUUGAUCAAAAAAGGGCUAUGUCCAUUAGCGGCUAGGCUAUUAGCCAACAUCUACACACAACAACGUGUACAGGUUCAGUGGGGGAAGCAUAUGUCUGGUGAAUUUACUGUAUCCAAUGGAGUUAAGCAGGGUGGGGUGCUCUCCCCCGUUCUUUUUGGAAUUUAUCUGGAUGAGCUUAUUACGAGUAUAAAAACUGACGGUUUCGGCUGCCAUGUUGGCAACAUUUUUUGCGGUGUAUUUGCAUAUGCCGAUGAUGUUAUUCUCUUAGCACCAUCGUUCUAUGGGUUAAAUAAGAUGCUAAACACGGCUCGUCAAUUUUCUAUUGAAUUCAGAAUAUCCUUCAACGCAUCUAAGAGUAGAUAUUUAGUCUUCGGGUCACAUGACCCGCCAGGGGAGAUUGUAUUUGAGGGUACAAGGGUUCAAAUUUCUAAUGAAGAAAUUCAUUUGGGCAUUCUUCUUGGUCCUGAUGUUCGUCGGAGGAGGGUUCAGGUUUUAGUUAAUGAUCUGUACAAACGGACCAACAUGCUUAUGGCUCAGUUUAGGUACGCCAACUUUGAAAUCAGAUAUAAGUUAUUCAAAAGUUUUUGUAUGCCGCUGUAUGGUUACCAGUUGCUAGAUUGUUCAAAACCAUACAUGGAAGAAUUGUAUAUUGCAUGGCGUAAAUGUAUUCGUCAGAUUUUGUGUUUGCCAUAUCGCACUCAUAAUGACCUGUUACCAGCCAUUAUAAAGGACUGUAGCGUUCAAACUCAAUUGGAGAAAAGGUUCGUAAAAUUCAUCAAAGGACUGCGGAAAUCAGGAAAUACACUUGUAAAGGUUACAGUUGGAUUAUUAUUUGCCGGGAGCGUCUCAUCAGUGGGGAAAAGUCUAACUAUGGUGUUACAAAAGUACAACUGGAAUAGGGAUCAGCUGCCUGAUGAAUGUAUAAUGCUAAGGGACAUCAAUAGGGAAUUUUGGGGAUUGGGGCAUAAUAGGGUUGCCAUCCAAGUUAGGGAAUUGCUUGAAAUGCGGGAGGCAGGGAAUGAUAUUCUCACAAAAGAGGAAAUAGACGUGAUAAUUAACUUUUUGUGUACAGGUUGAUUUGAUGGAGUAUUGUUUUUGGUGUUAGUUUUAUUGUGAUAGUUCAAGAUACUAAUGUAACUUAUUCAGGAUCAUCUCCAAGAAUGAGAGGUUUUCGGGUUCGACUCUCAGUCUUACCUUUUACUUUGUUUGCCUUAUCGUAAACUUGUAUUUGCACCCAACUCUGUAUUGUCUUAUUGCACCUUAAUUUUGUUAUCUGUACAACGGAAAGUAGUACGAAUAAACAUAUAUAUAAUAUUUGUGAGGGUUCGAUUUCGAAUCAGUAAAUUUAUUCAUGAUUUACAGUACAGUACAGCUUAUUGAGAAUAUGCUAAUAUUUAUGUAAAAAUGCUUUUUUACAACUUAUUGCGAUUAAUGUAUAAUAAUAAUAAUAAUAAUAAUAAUGAGUCUUUUAUAUAGCGCAAUUCCGUGACACUAUAGUUCUCGCUUAAAGCGCUUUGGGAUAUCAUAUUAUUACCCUGGUCUCCACAGAAAUCAAUCAUCAGGGGUUCCAAGGAGCAACCGCAAGGCGCUCACUUUAACUCGACCAGUAGGGGAACUAAGCAGUGACUCGGCCGGGAGUCGAACCCACGAACUCCUGAUCAUGAGGCCGACUCUCUUCCACUGCGCUACCGCUGCCCCUGUAUGUAUUAUUUGUUAGCUAACCAACAUGACCAAUGUGAUAACGAACAGUGAAAUGGUCAGAGUUGAUGCAAGCGUUUUUUUUAAGUUGUGUGGGUUCAAAUCAAUAAAUUGAUGAUGAGAAUAUGCUCAAAUUUGUGAAACGUUUUUUGUUUGGAAGAGGAUAUGUACACAGCCAGUUGACACAGCAUGAUGUGUAUGCAACAGAACAAUCAUUGUUGCAUACACAGCAUGCUGUGUACGCAAGCAAGCAUCGCUUGCGUACACAGGACAGUAGUUUUAUGUUCGCAGCGUUUUAUAUUAAUAUUCAUUAGGCUCAUUAUAAAGCCCCGCCUCCGAUUUUAUGCUACCUGCUGUGAAUCCUUGCAACAUUUCUCUUGAACAGGCAUACACAACAUGCUGUGUAUACAAUGUACAGGUGCGCGCAUUGUCUAGAGUACACAACAGACUUCGCUGGCUGGAGAAAACUGUUUCGGUCAUGACACACAUGCCAUCCAAAAACCGGGACUUCGGCUUACGUGUUUUCCACCAUGCUUGCAGUGAUACUUGACAUACGCGUACUUCAAGUGCUGUGGAAUUUUCCCAUCAUUUUUAAAGACUCUUUCUUGUUUGUCGAUGGUUCUAGAGUGCCGUAUUACAAAGGCAAUGUUGUGUUGCUCCUGAUACCGAAAGAGAGCUAUUUGGAAGGCGGGAAAGGAUGAGAAUUUGGCCCCACCUUGAAGGGAAUCGGGGAGUUCUUCCACCUCCACCGCCACCGCCACCGCUAUUUUUCUCCAGCUGACGCCAUUGAUGACGCGAUUAUGUUAAUUCGCCUCUGCUGUGCAUGCAACCAACUUGUUCCUGCG